GGCGUUCCUUUUUCUCGGAAAGAUUUCUUAACCCGUUGGCAUCAAUGUAUUUCACUUCACAAUCCCACGAAGAGACCUUAGCAGCUGUACAAUCACUGAAGAAAAACACGACAGAGAUAGCUUAUACCUUCAAGGAGGCAUGGAUGAAAAUAAGGAAAAUCUACAAGCUAAACGAAGGGAUUUUUAAUGGACUCGAUGUAUACCUCCAAGAUUCUCUGAUGAAGAAGUCGGCUUUACUUGGGUCAGAAGCAAGAAAAGAUGAGAAUGAGGAUCCACACAUCUUACAGAAAAUAAUAGGUGAAUUAUCUCAAGAGUUUGAAGACGCCAAUGCUCUAAUGAGGAUGAUGCCAAGACAGAUAUUGAACACACCUUCAAAGCUUCAAAAUAACCUCAUCUACAGCCAGGUCCAUUCUGCCCUGGCAAACACGGUGCAUAAAGAUCUCCUUUCCAAAAAUGCUGAUAUUUCUGACCACAUCAAGGUGUUCAGCGAGAUCUCCAUCAAAAACAACUUAAAAAAAGCCAACGACAAACUGUUUACUACUUAUCUUAAGGGAUAUGAAGAUGCUAAAAGAUUUUCAGCCAUGACCAAAGAGACAGCUGAUAGAAUAAAUAAGGCUGUUGAUGACGCAGAGGAAAUGCAGGGUGUUGUGUUUUCUUCCUGCGAGGAAGGAAGGAACAAAGCAGACAAAAUCGUUGAUGAAGCCGAAAAAUCAGUUAGAAGUGUCCGAGGUGAACAGGAACGACUUAUUGAAGACUCUUAUAGAGAUUUAAGAUACUGGGUGAGUAGAGGCACUACCUCGUUUUAG